AGAACAAACCUGCUAAUAACAUUAAGGAGUUGGGCCCGUACUCCAGUUACCCAAAUUAAGAAACUUCAUACUUGAUCUAAAAAUGUUCAACUCUGCAAACAUGGUCUUUUCACUGGAUAAUUUUUUUUAUGAAAGACCAGAUAAAAACCAAAGGUAUCUAGAAAAUGAAGAGCCUAAGGUUUGGUGUAUUGCACCUGCUCCGUCUAUUUCUGAAAUUCCAGCUGCAGAAGAGUUGCAGAGGGAACUGGAAAAAACCACAGCCAACACUCAUAACGGAGAGAGAAAACAUAAGAAGUUUAUACAACAAUGUAAGAGUACCUAUGAGGAAGGACAUGAUACAGCACCAGUACCAGCACCAGCUCAGUUUGGCAUAGCCUCUGAAAAAGAAGUGCUCCAAUUUAGUGUAGGAGAAAGAGAGAAAAUUAGUUUUUGUCCUGAAAGUCUGAAAAUAGUUUCAUUGUUUCUCUGUUCUGAUGAAAAUAAAACAGGAACAGGGGUUUCUCAUCCACCUGGUGCAAAUUUUUCACAAAACAAAAGAGAAAGUAAUUUUCCAGAAAACAGUAAUGAUGAUGACGAGAGUGCCCAUUCAACAUUAAGAAAAAACUUAUUUAAAAUGCCUGGUUAUAUGCACACAAAAACAGAAUUGAAAGAUAGUUAUGUUGAUGUGAAAGGAGUUGAUACUUACUUAAAUACAACUGAAAACAUGAAAGAAGUAAAAAAAGAAGAUUUAUGGAGAAAUAAUCAUCAUUCCUCAAUAACUGAAGACUCAGAUUUAACUCUGUGUAGGGUAAAUAAUGGGAACAUUGCAUCAAAAAAUGGAAUGAAUAUGAAAUCAUUUCCUAAUGCUUCAGAGAUUCUGGAUAUGACAGGAGUUACAGGAAGAAAAUUGGAAAUUUUGAGGGCCGUUACAGAAAUACCAACCCAAUUUAGGAGUAUUUUUAAGGAGUUCCCAUAUUUCAACUAUGCACAGUCUAAAGCUUUGGAUGAUCUUCUGUAUACAGAUAGGAAUUUUGUGAUUUGUGCUCCGACUGGCUCUGGAAAAACUGUAAUGUUUGAGCUAGCUAUUACCAGAUUACUCAUGGAAGCCCCACUGCCUUGGCUAAACAUUAAGGUUGUUUACAUGGCUCCAAUAAAAGCUCUGUGCAGUCAGCGUUUUGAUGGUUGGAAAGAAAAAUUUGGACCUAUAGGACUCAGCUGCAAGGAACUGACAGGAGAUACAAUGGUGGAUGACUUAUUUGAAAUACAUCACGCUGACAUUAUUAUUACUACACCUGAAAAAUGGGAUAGCAUGACUAGAAGGUGGAGAGACAACUCUGUAGUCCAGCUUGUACGACUGUUUCUCAUUGAUGAGGUGCAUGUUAUAAAGGAUGAAAGCCGUGGUGCAACAUUAGAAGUGGUAGUCAGUCGGAUGAAGACUGUUCAGUCUUCUCUUUGGCAUCUUUUUGAGAAUCAUGACACUGUUCCUCCCUUGAGAUUUGUAGCUGUUUCUGCAACAAUCCCAAAUGCUGAAGAUAUUGCAGAAUGGCUUUCAGAUAGUAAGAUGCCAGCUGUAUGCCUGAAAAUAGAUGAGGAUCAACGACCAGUCAAGCUACGCAAAAUUGUUCUUGGUUUUCCAUGCAGUGACAAUCAGACAGAAUUCAAAUUUGACUUAACUCUUAACUACAAGAUAGCUAGUAUUAUACAAGCAUACUCAGAACAAAAACCAGCACUUGUGUUUUGUGCCACAAGAAAAGGAGUGCAACAGGCUGCUUCUGUUCUUGCAAAAGAUGCUAAAUUUCUACUGAGUGGAGAACAGAAACAAAGAUUACAGAGGUCUGCAAAUUCGCUGAAAGAUUCCAAACUGAGAGAUCUUUUAAUGUAUGGUGUGGCUUAUCAUCAUGCGGGUAUGGAGUUAUCUGACAGAAAAAUAAUUGAAGGAGCCUUUACUGCAGGAGACUUACCAGUACUUUUUACUACCAGCACCUUAGCAAUGGGAGUCAAUCUACCUGCACAUCUGGUGGUUAUAAAAUCCACAAUGCACUAUGUUGGAGGAGUGUUCCAAGAGUACAGUGAAACUGACAUUCUGCAAAUGAUUGGGAGAGCAGGAAGGCCUCAAUUUGACACUACAGCUACAGCAGUUAUUAUGACUCGUUGGAGCACAAGGGAAAAGUAUAUGCAGAUGUUAAAUGGUGCCGAUAUAAUAGAGAGCAGCUUGCACAGACAUCUUGUUGAGCACUUGAAUGCAGAAAUAGUGCUGCGUACUGUCACGGAUGUCACUGUAGCUUUGCAGUGGAUACGAUCAACAUUCUUGUACAUCAGAGCCUUAAAAAAUCCAACUCAUUAUGGUUUUUCAUCUGGAUUGGAUAAAAUUGGAAUUGAAGCAAAAUUACAAGAACUAUGUUUGAAGAACUUAAAUGAUUUAUCAUCUUUUGAUUUGAUCAGAAUGGAUGAAGAAAAUAAAUUCAAACCAACAGAGACUGGAAGAUUAAUGGCGUGGUAUUAUAUUGCAUUUGAUACAGUGAAACAGUUUUUCACUAUUAAGGGAACAGAGACUUUAAAUGAAUUGAUUACAAUGAUAUCCAACUGCACAGAAUUUCUGGAUGUCAAGUUAAGAACUAAUGAAAAGAAAAUACUGAACACAUUGAAUAAAGACAAGGACAAAAUAACUAUCAGGUUUCCAAUGGAGGGGAAGAUAAAAACAAGAGAAAUGAAAAUAAACUGUCUUAUACAGGCUCAGCUCGGAUGCAUUCCUAUUCAAGACUUUACUUUGACACAAGAUACCGGCAGAAUAUUUAGAAAUGGCUUAAGAGUCACUAGAUGGUUAACUGACUUUCUGGCAUCAUGUAAGGACAACUUUUCUGCUUUAUUAAACUCUUUGAUUUUAGCAAAGUGUUUCAGAUGCAGACUUUGGGAAAAUUCACUUCAUGUGUCUAAACAACUGGAAAAAAUUGGUGUAUCACUUGCAAACGCUAUGGUGAAUGCUGGGCUGACAUCAUUUAAAAAAAUAGAAGAAACAAAUGCAAGGGAACUUGAAUUGAUUUUAAACAGACAUCCUCCUUUUGGAAACCAGAUAAAAGAAUCUGUUUUGCACCUUCCAAAAUAUGAACUUGACAUUGAACAGCUUCCAAAAUACAGUGAUACAUUGGCUGAAAUCUUAGUAACCAUCAGAUUAACAAACUAUGAGCAGCUACAAACGAAGAGAACAGCGACAGAUUUCCACUAUGUUACACUGGUUAUAGGAGAUGCUGACAACCAAGUCAUUUUUAAUCAGAAAAUUAUGGAUUCUGUGCUGCUGAAAACUGGCAAUUGGACAAAGAAAAUUGAAGUGAAAAGAGCUCUUAAAUCAGAAGAAAUUAGUAUAAAUUUAAUUAGUUCGGAUUACGUUGGCCUUGAUAUACAGCAAGCAUAUACAGCCUUUUACUUAACACCAAAACCAGUGGGAAAUAAGGUGGUUACAAAUCAAAACCUGCAGGCCAAGUCUUCACUUGAUACACGUUAUGGCUCACCUCAGAGUCUGUCAGCAGCAAAAGUAGAUACAGGAGGCAGAUCUAAACAAGAGAUUACUUACAAGAAAUACGGAAACAGAGAAUGCAACCACCGCUGUAAAAACAAAGACAUGUGUGGACAUGACUGCUGUAAAAUUGGAGUACCUCCAAAGUCUGAGAUGAAUGGAGAUGCAAAGUUUUCUUUGUACCUAGCUGAUUUAAGGAGCAGGAACUCAAUUUCAUGUGUACCCCCAGUAAAACGGUUAAAGAUGCAGAUGUUAAAUCAAACUCAAACUGUGGAUCUCAAGCAAUUUGUUUUUACACCUAAAUUUUCAUUGCCGGCAUUGCUGAGGUCUAGCAAUGGACAGUUAUCUUCAUUACCUUCAGUGGACCAGACAGAUAAUAUUAAUAGCUUAGGGGGAUCUCAGAAACAACUGCAGUCCUGGAACUAUGGGAAAAGUAAUUCUUUCGAUGUGGACUUUGAAAUGCAGGAUGAUGUUUGGGAUGAUAUUGAUGAUGAGAAAUUAGUAUAUGCUAGCAAUUUUGACAGUAGAGAUAUAGAUGAGUGUGAACCAAUUGACCAGUAUAUAAGAAGCAAAGCCACAAAUGACAUUUCAAAACAUUCGUGCACAUUACAAGAUGAGACAAGUGUUCAGAACUCCACGGUUUCUGUGGUUGAUAGCCCAUCAAAAGUGAAUUUAUCUGCACAGCAUGGAAAUACAAAUAUGUUCAGUUUUCAAGAGAAAAACUGUUCAAAUCUUUCACAAGAGCUGAAAACUGCACAAUGUUCUUCCAUCUCAAAAAAGAUCCCAGACUCUUCUAAAUUCACUAGGAAAGAGGAUUUCUUUAUUUUCACAGAACAGGAAAAGGAAGCAGAUCCCAGAGCACGCUGCAGGAAGCUGGACUCCAGGGACACAGCUGCACGUGACCCACCACGUCCGCCUCCACCGGGAAGGAGCCCACAGUCCUGCUCAGCAGAUGAAGACAAACCCUUCUUGGUUGCUGCAGCUGCAUCAGCUCUCAGCCACCAGAACAACAGCCCAUGGCUCAUUAAGCAGGGAAGAUUUGAAUGCAAGUGUGAAGGCAGCACACAAAGAUUCUCCACACAUCUCUUGUUUGAAUCUUGGAGAUCAGAAAACUGAAGUAGUGGAGAAAGUUUGUUGUAUGCUGGGGCUGAUGCAGUCCUUUCUGAAAAGCAAUGCUACUGUUAGGAAAAUACUUAUGUAUUUCAACAGGGAUAAAAUCUAAAGCCAGAAGGCUGUUGUAAGGUGGUAGUGGACACUUGGUACUAGUCCAAAAAUGCACAGCUGCCAAUUCAGCUGACCUGCUGUGAGAACCAUGCUCUUUUUAAGUCUGUUGCUCCAUUUCUUUGGUGAUUACAUCACUCUCUUGCUGUGUUCUUUCCACCCAUACUGUUGUGUACUCUGGUGUCAAAUGCUGAGAAAGCAAAUGGGGCUGCCGAGUCCAACUGCCUCAACAGGACUGCAACAGGGGAAAUAAAUACUCAUUCUGAAAGACUUUGUAAUAUUAGAUUAAUCUUAAGGGGACCAUCUUGAUGUUACUAGCCACCUUUUAUAGUCUGUGUUGUACCUGUUUGUAAAAUUAAUUUCUGUCAUCAACUGAAAUACUCAAAACCAUGUUGAUUUAGGAAAAAGAUUUUUCUGACAUCUGGUGUUCUGUAAGUGUUCAUUAAUCUAUUGAACUAGUUAAACCCUAGUAUCUUUCUUGAGAAAUGGGGGAGUAUUUCAACAUUGUUUUUACAGAUGGGGAAACUUAAGGCUCAGAUGUAUAGAUUUAGAUCGCAUAUUCUGGUGUUUCUGAUAGGCAUUUGGCCCUGCUGACUUUCACUCAAGUCUUUUCCUCAUCUGCAUUCCUAGUCAUGGAAUAGCUGUGUCCUAUGCAGCUCCUGGUACCUCUCUGCAUCCUGCAAGCAAGUCCAUGCUGGAAAGAAGAGUAGCUUUGAAGGUAGGUUAUUGUGGAAAAGGAGAGAGGAAGAUGAGUGAGCAAGUGUCUUGCUUGAGGCUGUAAGAAGGAUAUGCUGAGCUCCCAUGUUGAACCUGGGAACCACAGAGUGGCUGCACGGGAAGGAGCAACCUGAGGCUCUCUGCUUCCGCUCACACACAUUCAGAUCAGACAAGCAAAGACAAUAAACCAGUAUUGGGAAGACAGACUGGAAUUGCAAAACCAUGGGCCCAGUCUAAUUUAUUGGUUCAAAGGAACAGGAGACUAUUGUAAACCGUUGUAAUUAUCAUGGACAACAAGGUCAUUGAAAACAGGAGUGCCCAGUAUGACAAAACAAAACAAGCCUCCCAAAAAAAUCACUCAGUCCUAUGUUGCAAUCUUUCCCUGAAAUAUGAACUGCCCUAAAUGUAACAUAUUAUUAGAUAUUUACCCAUCAUCUGGACUUCCAUGGGGCUGUGGAGAUGCAGUGACAAUAGGGAAGGAGUGAGGAUGCUUGUAAGAAGGGUUUCAAGCAGGUUUCAAGGGCUUCUGGGCUUUACUCUCUGCUGAACCUCUACUGUUUUUUUCUCUUUAUUUUUUUCUCUCCUCUUAUGCUUUAAAGUUCUACUAUAAACAAUUAGAGGAAACUUAGCAAUAAUAUUGCCUGUGGAGACUAGGAAAGUAAGAAUACAUUCUACAUCACCACUUCCCUUUGUUUGUCUUUUUUAUCUUGUUUAUCUUUGAUCAGCUGCAGAUGAAAUAACCAGCUAACAGAUUUCCCAUGCAGGGCUGCCACUUGUGCUGAUGAAACUCACUGACAUGGGAGUAUGCUCUGUAGCAGUCUAACAGUAUCCAUUUCUUAUUCCAAUACACUGACAGGUCACUCAGGGAGACUAAGAACUCUAUUCUGAAGUGGAAAAGAAACUGCAAUUUCAAUUUUGUUUUGAUUUGAAAUUUUCCAGCUACCUAUCAAAGCCAAAUCCUUGAACUAUUUACUUAGAGUAACUGAAAUACCCCUAUUUGAAAUAGUGGAUAUGCAAGAUUUAGCCAUUAAAGAGUUGGGGUAAAAUUAAAAUCCCCUUCAGUAAUAACUAAAGUCAGAGAAAAUCUUUCAAGAAAAUUAACACUUGAUCAAAAAGAGAGAAGGGUUAUUGUUGAGAGCAUAAAGAUUAAACAGAAGAGUUGUCUCAGAGAAUAACCAUCAAUGAUAAGUAGCAGGCAGUUAAUAAUAUCCCCUCAGGGAUCUUCUUUUACUCAUGUAGGUUUUUGGACAAAUACAAUAUUACAUUUCUUAUAGUUAAAGCAUGAGAGAGCUUCAUGUCGUUCCAGAGUAGCAAUAAAACUUCAAUAGAAUAAGGGCAACUGGAAAGGUGAGAAAGGGGGUGACCCAGAAGCUGAAACAGUGGGAAACCAGUGAUGGUUCUGUCCAGAUAACUCCGUUUAAACCCCAGAUUCUGAGACCUGUCCUCAGUCUCCUUGAUGGGCCUCUUUUUUUUUCGUAUCCACAGCACUGUGUUAGUGUUGAGAUUUUAUAUGGAAUUGCGCCCUCAUUAUAUAGCAUCUGAAAAUGAGAGACCAAGUAGAUUAAGCGUGUGAUUCCCUGUUGUAAUUAAGAGCUGGUUUAAAUCUUGAACAUGCAAAAUGGUUGAAUUGUCAGAAUUAAAGGGAUGGUAAUCUGCAGCCAGGGUGAAAAGGAUGGGGGCAGGAGGGUCUGGAGAACCUCUUAAACCAGCUCUGCAGCUGGAGAAACUGUAACAUGAAACUGCUCCCUUGAUCUCUCAUUUUUCUUCUCUUAUUCUCUCCUCCUAUGUAAUUACAGUAAUAAAUCUUUUUGUUCCUUAACCAUCUUGUGGCCAUUGCAAACAUUUAAGAAUUAAUGCAGUUCUCACACACAAUGCACAUGUUCUUCAUGUCCCCUUUUGUCCCUCCAUUUAUUCAUUUAUCAUGUACACACAAAAUUCUCAUAAAAUAUUAAUGUGAAAUACAAAUCUCUCUUUGCAUCCUGGGAGCAUUUGCAUAUAGUAAUGUUAAAGAGAUUAUGAAUUCUGCAUGCACAGCCUGUGGACUGCAUACAGGGCCAAAUCUCUUCUCAGCAAGUGUGCUGAAAGCAGUGACAAUUUCAGAAACAUUGUCAUAUUACAGGUUCUGAGUGGAAAAUGACUGUUUCCUGCAACUGAAGUAUUGUCCUUAAAACUCAAACAAGAGGAUUUGAAGCCUAGUUUUUAAUUUUUCCUCCUAAGAAUUCCACUACAGAAGGAAUUUUAUACUGCAUUUCUGCCCAGUGGUUCCUCAUAGAUUAGUACAGCCUGGAAACAAAGGGAUUUGUUGGUCUGCUUUAUUUUUGGAUUUUUUUUUUUUUUUUUAACAGUGCUGUAAUCCAUGGGGAAUUGGAACAUACCCUUUGCCUGUCCUCCUUGUUGGGAACAUCAGGAGUAGCUACACUUCUGCCAGUUGGGGCUAGGUUGCCUUGGAAAGGGCAGAAUAUGCCAGUGAGGUUAAUUUUCUCAGGAGUAACAAAGAGUGAAAACUGUCUGAGCAGGUGCUUAGUGAGAUAGAAUUGCCAGGAGGAUUCUCCUGCAGUAGGAAAGACCUCUGCAGCUCUCUCCAGGCUGCAAGCAUUGGCAGGGUAGUGCUGUCCUUUCUUCCACAGAGGUGAAUCCUACAGCACCUUGGAGGCCUGUGGGAGCUGUGGAGGGUGGCUCUGGGGCAGGGACAUGUCUCCUGGCUUUACUCAGGAGGAAGGGAAGAAGGGGAACAAUCUUGUUUCAGCCUGAUGGUCUGAAACAUUUUAUUGGGAAAGGCCCUGCGGCUGAGGUUGGACCUUUGCUUCUGCAGGGACAAGGAGAGGGUGAGAGGCAAUUGCCAAAGCAGAGCAGGUCGCCCCUGCCAGUGCUGUGCCCUGUGGGGGAGCCAAGGCUCUCAGUGGGUCCCAGGUUGCUGCUUCUGGGUCUCGCAAUGCUCGCUCUGUGCUGCAGUAAUAUCAAAGCCCUUCUUCAUGUUUCAGGAAACAGUGUAUUUUCAGUUUGACUUUAUUUCUACUCUAAUAUUUAAAUUUAGAUGUCUGUACUUUGUGAAAACAGUCAGUGCUUUACUGUCUACAGGAACAAUGCCCUUGAUCCCUCAGCUCCUAACUGUAAAGCAUUCAUUUAGCUAUACAGCUUUAAAAAAUACUCUAAAUGAAGCGUGUGAGACAAUCUCCACAGCUGGAGUUAAGCACUUCCAUGUGCUUGCUGAAUCAGGGAACCAAGCUGUUAGAUCUUUCAGGACUGACUGGAGAUCCAUAAGAAAUUGUCUUGACUUAACCAAGCCAUCAUAUUUCUCUUAAUCUACAUCUACUACAUCAUCUUUUUUCUUUCACUUCCUUCUUAUUCAUGCUUAAAUGAGAAACAUCUGUUUCCAUUUUUCACAUUGUUCUGUUAUGUGAGUAACAAAAUCAAACAUAUUUCUUUUUUUUUUCCCAGCACUGCGAAAGAAUAAAUUAGUGUUAAGUUUUGUGAAGUGCUUUAAAACACUAAAGCAAAACAUCUGUUUCAGCUGCAGGUCAUCAAGAUGGAAAGUCCCAGUCUGUGUGCAGGGCAAAAAUGCAAAAGAAAAUUAGCAGCCCAAGUGCAUUUCGUCACCUGUCUUUUCCUGCAACAACUGAAGAUGGAGAAAGGACAGUAAAUCUUGUCUUCAGGGAUGGGGCAAUUGAAAGUGCUCAGUGCUGUAAUCCACAGCAGCACUGGGUAGUAAGGUAUCCUGGAUAUCUGAUCUGAAGAUGCCUGAAGGUUACUCCAGUGUCAUAGACUUCUAGCUGAGAGUCUCCUUGACCUCCACAUCUUCCAGCCAGGCACAGCAUUGUGCAGGAUUGCCUAAUCCCCUGUAGAUGUUUGUGUUACUGAACUUCAGCUGAAAAUCCCUCCUACCUCCAAUCAUUUAAGAUUUGGAGAUUGUUUCCAGGGCAGGGGGCCAGAGUAAAGCUCAACUAGCAAAGCUGCUUUACAGGUGAUCUGAGAUGCUCUUUACAUUGGGCCAAAGCCCAAAUGUAGGUGUCUCUGUUCUUUUGUUGAUAAUGAUCUCCUUUGUAAAGCACUUUGAGGUCUAGAGAUGAAAAGCCAACUACUGCCUGGGAGCUUGGCUAUUAAUAGAUACAUGAAUAUUAACAGUGAGUACAUUCCCUGGAUUCUAUAGGAAAUGCCAGACCUUUCAGACAGGUCCUGGCAGGCAGGUAAUAGCUUAUUCCUACAAGAGGCUGGGUCCACCCUUGUUUCCCACUGUCUUUAAUUAAAAGGUCCAGAUCCUUCCUAAGUGUAAAGGAAGUAUUCAGCAUCUGGCAAGAAUGGGCUUCAAAACUGGAUGGGGCUUUCCUGGCAUCUUUAGAGGAAAUACUUGUUUGUUCUCCAAUCUCUUAGAGCAGCAGCCAGUGCAGUGUUGAGCAGUUCUACUGCACUAUGCUCACACCCUCCCUGGAGCAAAUGAAUAGGAUGGUCUGGGGUCUCCAGCAGCCCUACGCACUACGUAUUUUGGCUGCCAUUUAAUUUUAAUGCUGAGGUUUCAAGCCAGGAGGCUGUAUGUAUGUUGCUGCACUGCAUCUAUUCACCUGCAGCUCUCCCCACCCCCAGCUUAUGAGCAUGAUUUCUUUUUAUGCACUGCUCUGUCACAGCUUGGCAAGUUUCCCAUGACAAUCCAUACCAGAGAGGAGAAUAUGGCUGCUGAGCCGCAUAGACAGGAGAAAUGCCUUAUGCAACAGAUUCAUUUAAAUACUAUGAAAUGUUGAGACAGAGUGAGACAUAACUGAAAGCAAAAGGCAGCCCUUAAUCUCUAGCAUCAGUUCUUCUGCUUGCCCUCACCAUCAUCAGCAUCUAAUAGUCACUGACUGUCUCCAUUCACGUCUCCAUCUUUUCCAAGCAACUGCCUGCGGCAGAAUGUACAAACAGCUUGGCAAGCAGUUUUAGGGGCAGGGGGUUUAUUUGCUUUUUUCCCUUCUAAUUCCUCAUGAGCCUCAUGAGCAUUUCCCCACUAAUAUGCCUGUGGCAUCAUUAGGUGUUUAAUGACAGUGAUGAUGCCUGAAUAUUAUUGUUUUUAUGGUUCAUUUUGGUUUGACAAGUCUUCAAUUUUGUGGCAGUUUCUAGUGUGCAGACUCCUCCAUCCUGUAUCUGAUUUUUAGAAAUAUUUAUGACGAAGUAUUGUCAUAAAACCUGAAAUAAUUAAUUGUCAACAUUAAUUAUGUUUAAGUGCAAUAUGUGUUCAAUGCCACAGUAGUUUAAUGACAUCAAUUAAUUAUUUUAGGGUAUAACUGAAGCACAAGGAAUAGCCCAAUAAUGGCCAUGUUUCAGAUCACAGUUCAGUGCAGUUCUGCAGAUGAACAAUCCUGUUUGGCUUCUUUUAGCAGUUCCCUGAAGAGACCAGCAUGGAUCAUGGUUGUGGAUCACUGUCUUAUUACGCUUCUUCCUCACAUCCAGAAUCUGGAUCAUUAUAUCUGUGCUCAGACAAAAAAUGCCAGCAUUGUACCUGCAGAAAACAAGGCUGCUAAAAUUGUAGGCCUUGAAUAGAUGCAUACAGUGUCAUUUUACCCCCUGCAUUUUGUCUACACGUUGGCUGUGUUGCAUCUAUUUCUUUACUGAUUAAAUCAAAUGGGUGCAGUUUUUGUGUACAGACAAGACUAUAAUUCUUACUUAGGAAUAUGCCAUCUUCAUUUACCAUGUCAUCUGGAUUAUCAAUGCUGUGCAGUGCAUUUACUCAACAGCUGUGUGUGCAAGAAAAGCAGUGAUACUUUUAAUACACUUAACUAAUGCCCAUUAAGGUCUCACUUUAUAUUAUCUUCCAAGUGAUUUUACCCAGUUUAGGAUGCCAGUGCAUGUGUCUGCCACCGUGGCAGAGCCUUUACAACAACUAGCUGCUGUAAUGACUUUAUUUUGCUUGCCUUUACUAAGAUGAGGAGAGCUACUGGGGAGGACAGUGAAGGUACUCUUGCUGCUUCCUUGUGUAAUGCAUGUCCUGCAUGACAGUAAAGGGGAGGAAGCUGCCUCUCUCUGCAGUCUCUUUUCUCCUCCCACCACAGCACAGCACAGCAUGACUGCGAAACUGUUCUGCUUUUGGGAUUCCCCAUUGCUGGUUAGAUGCUACAGGCCCCAUAUAAAGGUCUAUGCCUCUGUUCCCAGCACAGAUGCAGCCAGUGGCACUGCACAGCCCCAGGAGCAGGCGAUGGUAACAAAACUGUAAUUGUAUACAUAGCUGCUGUUUCAGAUGUUCAUAUCCUGGCUUCCAACAUCUCUAUGUCCUUUUUUAUAUUUAAUAGCAGUUACAGUGGUUAACUGGCUUUAUUUUGGAAACCUUGGCAUUUCUCUUGCCAAUACUGAAGCUGUGAAGAUCAGAAACAAAGAUGUGCCUUUUUACUCUGUUUCUUCUGAUAGCUUUUGUCAUUUGGCAACUGUUGUCCUAUUAGGCUUUGUGGAAUUUGGACAGGAUUCUGAUCUCCUACAAAGUGACACACGCACUUAUUAGAAUGCUGGAGCAGGUUUGGGGCCUUUUUUCUGAUACACCAUGCUGAGUGCAUGCAUGAGAAAUCAGAGUCUUAUCUUUUAUUAUGUGACCAAACAGCUGCAGGAACUUCUAGUGAGUACUUUUAAAUAUAGGUAAGAUAAAAAACACAACAGUAUUCCCAUAAACCAGAAUGUAAAGCACAGGCUCUCCUUCUGCAAGUCUCCCAGACUCUAGAAGAGAAUGAUCAAAUCUGGACCAAGCACUGUUACACUUACAGUUCCACUGAAGUUAAAUCAGAAAUAAGGAGAAAUUUUGGAUUCUUCUACAAGCUAUGUCAUGAUAAUUCCUAUUUCCACAGUCUCUUCUCAAUCCCAGCCCAGUAUUUAAAGAAAAAUAAUUGUAAUUUAUAAAUUAAAUUAUACAAAAGACUUGAUAUUUCAUUCUCUGCCUCAAAGGCAUAUUUUUGGAAUCAUAUAACCUUUGAGAGAAACAAUCCCAUAGUCAGGAUGCAUUGCAGUUCACUGCAUUUUAUAUUAAGUUAUUUUUCCUUCUAGGUGCACAGGUAGUCACAUUGCAUUUCCAAAUAAGCAGUGAGCAGCUCCCCAACCCGUUUAGUUUUACUGCUCCGUUUGGGAAAUGGCAUUUAUUCAGUCAGCCUCCCCUUCCUGCAAGUAAAAUAUCCUCAUUCUGCUCAGAACAAAAGAACUGCCAAAUGUAGGUAGGCCAGCUAGCUUUGUCCUUCUGUCCAGUGGAAGUGCACCUGUGCUACCAUUCGGGCUCUACUGCCUGAGCAUCAUACGCGCUCUGGGGCUCCACGGGAGUGCUCCAGCUAGGAUGCUGCAGGAAAACUCCUCGGAAACCUUUUCUGUGCCUCCCAGCCCCCACGUAUAGUCUGGACCAUCUCCACGCCUUUCCUUGGACCACCCCUGUACUUGUCCAACAAAGCCAGAUGGCUUGGCCCUUGCACCACAGCUUUGCACCUGUAUGUGUGCCAUACCUGCCCAGACCUGUUGAGCACCAUCUGGCCAUGCUGCCCUUCAGUUUACAGUGACAUACCCUCAUUGCCUCCCAGCCCAGUCCCUCCACCUGGCCCUGGGAUGCCAUCUGUAAACAGGUUGGCCUUAUCACAGUCUUCUUCCACACUUGGGAGGCCACAGCCACAAGCCAAGCCCUUCUUGCUUCUGUUAACCAGGAGGAUCAGCCACCUUGCUUCCCAGAAGGAAGAGUGACCCUGUUCUCCAUGUACUCUGGAAAGCCAAAGGAGAGCACUACAGAGUCUGUUCUGAAGUGAAGGCCUGAGUGAGUCAUCUCAGAAUGGGCUGUGAGAGCACAGAGGUGCUGGCUGUUCCCAGGGAAAGGUUCAACAGUCUGCUGCAGCAUGAUCAGAAGAGUGGUGACCAGUGAGGUCGGGUAGGUAGGGGUGUGUAGGUUGUGGGUUAUAUGUGGUACAAAUGUGCUGAUGUGGCAUGAAGACUAGAAAGGCUUCACAUGGUAUUCUGCUGAUGUUGGGGGGAAAAUGUGCCUCAUUUGCUUUGCCAUGCAGAUGUGUCCAAGAGACCUGGAGACCAAACAGUAUGUAGGGGCAGCCCCUGUGUAGCUACCUUGAUAAACUGUAACAUGUAAAUGAUGGAAGUGAGUAUACAAUUCAUACUUAGUGAGUACCUGUUGUCUUGAAUCCUAAUAAGCACUGUUUCCCACAGCAUGUGCUAUUUUAAGUCAUUGU